UGCACCCGAGUAGCAGCGUAGUCUUGCUCACUUUCUCUUUAGGUCUCCUGCCUCGACUUCCUGAACUCCCCCGCUCUCUCUCUCUUCCUCCUCGAUCAGGAAGAGAGGGCUCCUGAACAAAGCAGCAGCCAUGGCCGCCCCUGAAGCUCCUCUCUGCUAUGUCGGCGUCGCCAGACAGUCCGCUGCUUUCCGCCUGAUGAAGCAAAUGGGGUGGGAAGAAGGCGAAGGGCUUGGGAAGGAUAACCAAGGAAUUAAAGGACACGUUCGAGUGAAAAACAAACAGGACACUCUAGGUAUUGGUACGGAACAACCAAACAAUUGGGCAUUUGAUACUACACAAUUUGACAAUCUCCUCAAAAGAUUGAAAGUGCAAGCAGUGGAAAACAGUGAAAAAGCAGUUAAAAAGGACGAUAACCAUGUAGGGUUAGAGACCAAAGAAUCCAAGGAUAUUCAAGAUCCAAUUGUCAAGCCUACUCGACCUCAAGGGAGAUAUAAGAAGAGGGAGAGAGGGAAGCUUGUCCAGGCUUAUUCUUCUAAAGAUCUAGAAGGGAUCCUUGUAAAAAAGGUUGAAGACCAUCCACAAAUGAAUGAAAGUGAGCUGGAGUCAGUGCUGGAAUCUGAAAGUGAAGCUGAUGUCCCAAAUACAGGAAACAAGUAUUUUUCACCACCACCACAAUGGUGGGGCUACAAAUAUGGAUUUGUCUCAGGAGGGCUUCUUGGAGAAAAAUCUACUAGAAAGAAAUCAGUCCUAAGUGAAAAUGCUGAAAAUAAUAAAAAGAGGACUGCAUUUUAUGAAGAAGAUCAAGAGAAUCUUUACAAACUUGUUCAAGAUAAAUCCACCACCGGAAAACAGGGACUUGGCAUGAAGGAUAGACCGCGAAAAAUUGCUGGUUGCCACUUUCAGGGAAAAAAGACAUCAUUCAAUGAUAGUGAUGAUGAAGAUUCUGCUGAUUUUGGUUCCUCAGCAAAAAGAAAACGUGAUGAGGUGGAAAAUGAUGAUGAGCCAAAGGUGAACUUGAAAAGGCUGUGUAAGCGGAUUCUUCGUCAGGUGCCUGGAGGUUCACUAAAGUUGAAAGAGCUUAAAGUACACAUAGAUGAACACUCGUCUUCCUUUUUUUCCAACUUCUCUUCAAAGAGAGAUGCUCUUGCUUACUUGAAACAAAAGGUCUCGUGGCUUCAAUGGAACCAAUGAUUCAUCAGGUAUAAGCUGCAGAUCAUCAGCUCGCAGUCCCAGCCAUUUGACAUUGCAAGCUGAAAAAGACUGAAACUAAAUCAAUUGGUUUUCAUGGGUUAGGUUCGGUUUGAUUUGAAAUGAUAUUUCAAGGAUGCAAUAAAGCACCAUAUCUGUAUGCCUCUAGCCCCAUGCCAAUGCUUCCAAACUUGAAGGUGCAUAGGAUGGCCAAUCCUGCUGGAUUCCUUAAAAAUAUUUAGUCUUCCAAAAGUUAGAAUGUGUACAAAAAUUACAUCUGAAGCAAUUUGCAGACAGAGGUCACCCUCAGUUGAACGAAUCUGAGUACUGCUGAAGUAUAAAUUUUUUUUCAUCAUUGCAAUUAAAUCACGUUUGGUUUGAGAAGUGGAACGGGGUAGAAAUGGAAUGACAUGAAAAUUUGAAUAGAGAGAAUGAAUGAAAAAAAUCAAAUGGUAAA